AUGUUUAAAUUUGCCCAGAACUCUUAUAUUCGGCUUUUGCACUCAACGGUGUUUUCUAUUUCUCACCUUGAAGAAGUCGGCUCUCAAGGUCAACCCACAGUUCUCUACUCCACAUCAGACAAUUACUCGAAUGGAUUUGCUCAUGUAUAUCCCGUCUGUACGACUACUCGAAUCACUAGUCAUCAAACGGGCGUGGGUGCUGGAGGAGGUCAACACCACACCAGUUCAGGGGAAAAUGCUCAUCUCCUCUCAGGCCUCGUGACACAACCUCGAAAGUGCUCCUCGGCUGCCACAGCUACCUACACGGAGACGCCAACUAAUGGCGAUGGUGAAGGCGACCCCAGCAAAUAUGAAUAUCAAUUCUUGUUGCAACAGAAGGUACCCGUUUUGAUUCAACGUCACCCAUCAACAAGUCAACGAAGUUGUGGAGACAAACUAAUAGGACUAAACAUUCAAUCAGAUGCGUGGCCCACGACAUCUCAAGAAAACAAUGACCCCAAUAUCUCCAGAAUUAAUGGUCAUACUUAUAAGUCAGCAACCCUUCAACCAAUGAGAAGAAGUAUUAGUUCAGAUUGGAAUUCAGAUCUCGACGAUACAAUCAAUUCAACAACCCCCCUACAACCUCAAAAGGUGGUAAAAUUCUCCGCCAGUAGUAUCUCCUUGAACAAGUUAAAUUCAACUGGAGAUGUUCUGUCAAAAGCAGGGGAAACUAGCUAUGUGUAA